GGGCCAUUGUCUAACAAACAAAGCACAACCCAGAGAAAAGAAAAGCAGCAGACAAUAUAUAAGUCAAAAUUUCUUCAAUAUAAAAAAUAAAUAAAUACAAUAAAUUUCAAGAAAAUUUUCCAAUCGAAUUUUGUUUAAAAAAAAAAAAAGAAAAUAUUGUAUUUUUGUUAGAAGAAGAGACGUUUCAUUCCCCAGUCUUUGAAAAAAAAGAAAAAGACAGAAAAAAAUUUCGCCUCCUUCUCCGAACAAACAAAAACAAAACCCUAAAUUUAUUUUUGGCAUAACCUGCAUUUUUAUUUUUCCUUUAUCAAUCUUUCUUUUUCUUCCUUUAUUUUCUCUCUUCUACGCUUUCGCUAUUUCCUUCAUUCCUUUCACUGAAACCUUCUCCCCGUUUUCGUUCUUAAUUUUUUUGUCGUAAUUAUUCCUUUUUUUUUUCCCGGAAAAAGAAACGCAUUGUUUGGAUUGGGGGACGGUUAUUUUAAAAAACGGUUACAUUUUUUGAGGCAAUAGCUAGGAAUUGUAGGGUGGGUUAGGGUUAGCACUAGCCUUUUUCUUUCAUCUGCUCUCUUUGUCAUUUGUCUAGAAUUUUCCCCAAAUUUUCUUGUUGCCUUUUUAGGUUCAAACCCUAAUAGUUGGAACUUAUAAUUAAAAUUUAAUCUAGGUUUUUAGUUUUACUCCAAAUUUAUUGCUAUUUAGGGUUAUUUUUCGUAAUUAAACUGGUUUAUGGGCGAUAACUGUUGUUUUGGAAAGUAAUUUUCUAUUUGUAUUUGCCUAAGAGGGUUGGAUCUUUUUUUUUUCUCUCUUUUAUUGGGAAAUAUGAGCGUCAUUUGAGACUGGAAAAUCAGCAAUCUGCAAAUCCAUCUUUCAUCAAAGAUGGAGGAGUAGGGAGUGAGUUAAUUAAAAUAUAAUCUCCUUUGUUUUAUUGCCAUUGCCUUUGUUUCCGUUGCUAUGGCUUCACGCUUGUGUUAAAAAUAUAUUUCUUUUGAUCAAACAAUUCCUUCUUUGCCAUUUGUUGAGCGGCCGUUUGAAUCCAGCAACCUUGAUUUUGGUGGUUUGAAUGACUAGGGAUUAGCUUAAGAGUUUCGGGUUGCUUUGAAGAAGGUGAAGUGGUUGUUUCUUUUUAUUUUUUUCUGAUGAUCAUGUUCAGUAUCCCUUAUGGAAAGAAGUGAACCUGCAUUAGUUCCAGAAUGGUUGAGAAGUACUGGCACUGUUACUGGAGGUGGCAAUUCAGCCCACCACUUUGCUUCCUCUUCUUCUCACUCAGAUGCUUCUUCGUCAGUGCAUCAUGGGAGACAUAGAAACUCUAGGAAUGUAAGUGAUUUUGAUUCCCCUCGUUCAACCUUUUUGGAACGGACAUCUUCCUUGAAUUUGAGGAGGAGUUCUAGCAAUGGUUCUGGAAAGCAUGCUUACAGUAGCUUUAGUAGGAGUCACCGUGAUAAGGAUCGAGAAAGGGAUAAAGAGAGGUUGAGAUUUGGGGACCAUUGGGACCGUGAUUCUUCUGACCCUUUAGAAAGUAUCUUAACCAGUAGGGGUGAGAAAUUAGGAGGUAUCUCAACCUGUAGGAUUGAGACAGAUACAUUGCGGCGUUCUCAUUCUAUGGUCUCUAGGAAACAGGGUGAGCCUUUGCCUCGAAGGAUUGCAGUGGACUCAAGAGACAGUGGUAACAGUAACCAUAACAAUGGCAAUGGUCUGCUUUCUGGGGGUACCAUUGGGAGUAGCAUCCACAAGGCUGUGUUUGAGAAAGAUUUUCCCUCACUUGGAACUGAAGAGAGGCAAGGAGUGCCUGAGAUAGUUAGAGUUUCAUCUCCUGGUUUGAGCUCAGCUUCUCAGAGUUUGCCUGUUGGUAAUUCAGCUUUGAUUGGUGCGGAAGGAUGGACCUCAGCUUUGGCAGAAGUGCCCAGUGUGGUUGGAAGUAGUAGCACAGGUUCCUUGCCUGUCCCCCAAACUGUUUCCACCUCAGGUCCUGGCGCUCCAAGUGUCACACCUAGUCUUAAUAUGGCUGAAGCACUAGCACAAGCUCCUUCACGAACUCGUACUGCUCCCCAGUUAUCUGUCAAGACUCAAAGGCGUGAGGAACUGGCUAUUAAGCAAUCGAGGCAACUAAUACCAGUGACACCGUCGAUGCCUAAGGGUUCGGUUCUAAAUUCUGUGGAUAAAUCAAAAACCAAACCAGCAGUCAGAACAAGUGAGAUGAAUAUAGCUGUGAAGAGUGGACAGCAGCCACCUUCUUUGAUUCAUCAUGGUAAUCAGUCUCCUCAUAGUGGACAUGUCAAGUCUGAUAUGCCAAAGACAUCUGGGAAGCUUUUGGUUCUCAAACCAGGAUGGGAGAAUGGGGUCUCAUCCCCUACUCAAAAAGAUGUUGCUAGUCCAACAAAUUCAAAUAGCAGAGUUACUACCAGCCAACAUGCUGUUGCUCCUGUUACAUCUGCUCCUGCAAGAAACUCAAACAACCCAAAGCUUUCUGCUGGGGAACGCAAGGCAGGUGCCAUGAAUCCAAUGCCUGGGUUCACUGUGGAAAAGAGACCUUCUUUGGCUCAAACCCAGAGCAGAAAUGAUUUUUUUAAUCUCCUGAAGAAGAAGACCUUAGAAAACACUUCUGCCGGUCUCUCAUAUUCAGACCCUCAGAUUUCAUCUUCAACCACAGAUAAGUCUGAAGUUACAAAGCAAGUAAUCAGUCCUUCUGCGACUGCUCAUGCUAAUGAGCAUGUUACAGUAGCAACUAGCAAUGGUGACAACUGUCAAGAGGCUCAAAGAUUUUCUGAUGAUGGCGAAAAGAAUAUGAGCGGCACUGCUAUGGUUUAUCCAGAUGAGGAAGAGGCUGCAUUCCUUCGAUCUCUUGGCUGGGAAGAAAACACCGGUGAGGAUGAAGGCCUUACAGAAGAGGAGAUCAAUGCUUUUUAUCAGGAGUACAUGGAACUGAUGCCAUCUCUGAAACUGUGCCGUGGCAUGCGGCCAAAGCUGGUUCAAUCUUUUGCGACUAAUUUGGAUGGAGCUUCUUCUGAAUUGAGCUCGUCUGACUCCGGAUCUGAAGCUUGACUUUUCUCUGCCCUUACAUAGUAAAUCCGAAGAAGUUCCAAUUUUUGAUGGCAGAUGAUUAUUAUUAUUAUUUUUUGCCUCACUUUAUCUCUUUUUUGAUGUCUUCUGUUUGAAAGAAAGCUGAUGAGUUGAUUAUGGAAGGGGGUAGGUUUCGGUUUGACAGUGCCAUUUGCAAAUGGUGCAAUAAGUCCUGCCCGCCUGUAACACAGAAUUCUUCCAAGGUUGGUUGGGGGAAGGAUUGAUUGGGGCUAUUUUGUCUGCAGUGGAAAGAUGCUGGAAAGUUGCAUCUUUAGGGAUAUUUCGUCCUUUUUCUUCCUUUCAAGAGGGUUCAAUUUUACAAAAAAUAGCUUAUUGGUGUUUUUUGGUCAAUUUUACGGAAAUCAAAAAGUUCCCCAUUUUAGUUUAGUUCGUGUUACAUAUAUAUUUUUCUUACUUUUCUUUUCAAUUCUUUUAGCAGAUGUUUAUGAUAUUUUUAUGGAGGCAGUAGUUUAACCUGAAUAAAGGUAGGAAAUACUAGUUGGGAUUCAGUCUAGAAGUUUAAUUCCAAAAUAAAAGGCUAUCAUUUAUUUUCUGCCGAUUUAUUGCAAAGCAAUGGAGUGCUUAAAGUUAAAAAAUUGCAACUAGCAUUCAAGUGGUCAUUUUCCAACGAAUGCGUACCUCGAUUUCAGUUGAAAAUUUUGGGGGAAUACAUUCAGAUUUUACCCUUAGCAACCGUAAGAAAUUCUAUAGACAGGUUUUCAAAUGCUACAAAACAAGAAUCGACCAUGGUAUCAAACAGGCUAUGGUAUUCCAAUUUUCCAUCCAAUACAGGUUCCUUAGACUUUAGACCUCAAAGUAGCAUACUCAAAUAAGAUGUGAUCAGGGUCCGCAGCAUAACCAAAGGGUAGACAUUAAGCGUAAGUGAUGCUCCUGUGCCUGACAAAUGCUGCUAUAUCGUACAUGGUAACCAAGGCUUCCUGCUAAGGGAGGGUUAGAAAUCCCGAGGAUUUUUUAUGUUGAAACGAUGGUUGUGAGUGUGACCCUCGUACUAACAAGGCCGAAUGGUAGUGAGCGCAGUAUGCAUAUUGUUCGUGGCUCCGUAAACAUAGUCUGAAUCAGAACCUGAGAUUUCCUUAUUGUACGGUGACCGAACCAAACGAAACGUCUUUGAUGUAAGGGACGAUGUUAGAUUGAACUCAUCGAUUAACUGUAUAUUGGCUCAAUGCCAGGUUUUUCAGUUCCUCAUUUCUUAUACCGAGAGAGAUUUCCAUCUUUGACCCCUUCAAUGCUUCAAGUAGUUCAGGUAUUGGCUCAGAUAGUUUCAUGAAUUCAAUACCACGCCUCUGAUAAAGUCCUACCACUUCUUUUGGAAAUGGAAGGUUAUUUCCAUUCCUUCCAUAGUUAACACCAAUGUGACAGGUGCCUGCAUAAUUUGCAUACCAGAAACAUAAAAUAUACCAAAACAUAUAGUACAUUCCUUGACCCUCCAAUGAUGAACUGCAAAAAUACUGUUAUUCUAUUUGUAGAUGUAUGGUUUAUUGAUUCAAUUUUUUCUGGUUUGGGAGGAACCCUACAUCCUGCAGAAUGUGUUUAUUCAUUAAAGGAGUGAAAUGAGGUAGCACCAAUUUUUGUUCUAAAAUCCUUAAAACAGAUUUUCGUGCCUCUGUAGCUUCAAACUAUUAAACAUGUGUCAUGCCCUGAUGGCAUGUAGUUUAUCAGGGUCUUUCUAGCACGAACUUGGUUUUGUUGAAUGAGAGGGCAUGGG